AUCAGACUUAAGCGUCUUGCUAGACUCGCCGGUUCUGCGAAUAAUGCAGACAACUCGUCGUCAACACCAAGUGUUAGUCAGGAAGCUGGUCCAUCCUCAGCCGCCCAAUCCCCCACGCCCACUUCUGCUUCGAAUAAACCAUCCAAUGAACCUGUCCCUAGAUCUACGGAAAAGUCAAGGUUACUCGCUAAUGCGAACAUUACCUCCCAACCGCUGGUGCCAAAACCUGCAAGCCGCAUAACCAUUUCUUCCAAGCCAAGCACCCCAGUUGCAGAUUCAUCGACACAUAAGCCUAAAGCAACGUUUUCUCCCUUCGUGUUUGAAAAGUGGGAAGCGGAGACAGUUGAGACAGUGUUCGGUGUGGCCCUUGAUAAAGAUAUCGCGGAGAAAGUAAAACUCGUAUGGCUCAAAGGUUUGGCUGAGGAGAUAAUCGGUGAAACACCAGGUGUAGCCAAACCCUUGCGUGCGAAGGGUGAUAUUGCUGACCAAUUACUCAUUGGAAGAUUGGAACUCGAUCCCAAUUCAAUGAGUGAUGAUCAAGAGCAACUGGCUGUACUUGCAUCCAUUCCCGCAAGUCAGACCUCAUUCGAGUAUCUUGUUGGUUGUUGGAAACGACUGAAUUCGCAAAAAGCCUCCUUAUCGCGAAAGGGUUUACAACCAAAAGAGCUGGAAAGGGCAAAUGCUCUUCUAGAGAAACUGCGAGAGCUAGUCAUUAGCUAUGCCGGAUUCACCUUACAAGACCCCUCUAUGUUUCCCCAACCAUCUAACGGGAAACCUCUUGGGGCCGCCGAACUCCUCCCAUCGCUCUAUGGACUCGGCUCAGCCCCUUCUAUAUAUUCAGUGGCGUCUGAAUCAGCGACACUUCUCAAUCCAACUGGCGAACUCGAAUCAUUCCUUUUAGAUCUCGUCAAAAGAUUUGACAAAGAUGGAUUGGAAGAUGUUCUAGGAGACGUAGUCCGCAGAAUCGUUUUCAGUCCGAAUCUGGCCGUCGGAAUGGUUCACACGGCUUCUACUAUACCCCUAGGACUCACGCCAUCAUCUUGGCGGUCUUCUGUUGCGGCUCUCGAGUGCCUCUUCGGUAUAAAACCCAUUGCUGCAAUGAUCACCCGCCUCCCGGAAUGGAAUCCUGAAUUGUGGAGUGAAACAAACCCUGCUGGAGCCAAAAAUGGGAACGAGCACGAAAAACGUAGCAUUCUCGGCAUGGUCAUGCGUUUAGGCGUCUUUGCGAGGGAUUGGCCUCCGACGCGACUCUCAGCUCAACUCUCGUCAGCCUUCGGCGUCGUGAGGGCCGGGCCAGAAUCACGAGAGGCUUUCCUAAGCUUUGUUGCAAGAGUGGUUCAACUGAACAGGAAACGAGCGGCCAUCCGGGUCAAAUAUGAAGAACAAGCAUGCGAUUCUUUUAUUCACAACCUCAAUUACGUGCUCCUUCGUCUAGCGGAACCCUUCAUGGAUGCCCAAUAUAAACAGAUGGAGAAGAUCGACCUUAGAUACUACGAACGUUCGAAGAGGAUAUCACUGCAAGGUCUCACUAGAAUAAAUGCGACACCUCCAGAGAUAGAGGACUGGGAGAAAGGAGCAGACGCCCCUGGACCGUCUCCGAAUUUCGUAUCAGAUGUGUUUUACUUGCUUUCUGCGGUCAAUCACAUUGGCACAGGACCAAUGUCAAACUAUCUCUCAGAUAUGGGAAGACAUGUACGAGAUAUCAAAAAGCAACUGGAAAUGAUGGAGAAGGAUGAAAGUUGGAGAGGAGGACCAAUGCAAAAUCAAAUCGAGACAGCCAUCAAGCAGGGAAAGGAGCGAGUGUCCAAGAUUUACGCCGAUAUGGAAUCCAUGUAUGUUGCUCUUCUCCAAGAGGAAUUUGCGUCGCGAAGCGUCAGCUUUGCAAACUUUGUAUCCGUAUGGCUUCUUCGGUUGGUCGAUCCUGCAAAGCGGCAUCCACGAGAGACCAUCAAGCUUCCGUUGCCAGACGAGGUGCCGUUGGUCUUCAAAGUGCAACCUGAAUACAUGUUCGACGAUGUCGUUGAAUUUUGGGACUUUAUGAUCAAGUACAAGCCAACCAUGUUUGAAUAUACUGGGCAAAAGGAGAUCAUCGAUUUUGCGAUCUCGUUUUUAACGUCGACCUGGUACAUUACCAAUCCAUACCUGAAAUCAAAACUAGUCACACCACCCACUCAGCUUAAAGUUCUUGAUGAUGGGAAUGUCUCUGACUCCGCGCCACAGAGUGCGAGAAAACUGGGACUCACACACAGUUCUAUGAUAAAUUCCAUAACCAAGGCUAACACAAAAUCAUAUAGACGGGACAUAGCAGAAGUCAUGCAAAGCGUUUGGCGCGACCCGACUCAUAGAGGAGUUAUGGAAAACUUUACGAGUAACCUGCAGGAAUUCAUCAAGUUUGCAAACCGCCUUAUGAAUGACGUUACAUUCAUGCUAGACGAGCUUCUCUCUAAACUAGCCGAGAUUAAGAAGUUACAACUGGAGAUGGAAAAGAAGGAAGAAUGGGAAGCGUUGACGCAAGAACAACGAGAAGAUGUAUUGUCCAAAUUACGAGCAGCCGAGUCCAUCGUCGAGCCCUGGACCAUCUACUCCCGCGAAUUCUUGUCACUUCUCAUUGAAUUCACCGGCUCGACCAAGGCUCCAUUUGUAUCUUCCGAGAUAGUGGAUCGACUUGCAGCAAUGUUAAACUAUGUCUUGGAACAAUUGGCAGGGAAAAGGUCCUCGAACCUCAAAACAAAGGACCUCAGCAAAUAUGG